CAUCUCUGAAAACGUUGCGAUGUACUUGUAGAACUUGGAACGAUUUAUCGAAAACUCGGGUUUUUGGUAAAGAAGCAGCAAGGAAUCAGUUUCUAGGGUUCAUGGUGAUAAAUGGUAGGGUUUGUUCCUUGAGACUUGAUUUCCAAGGAAUCCAUAACGAAGGAGACUUGGUUUAUAAAUCUACAAAGAAAAUAAGUAAACUUGAGCAAACCAAGAUGUGUGAAGUUCUUCACUGUGAUGGUCUAUUUGUUAUGCGUCCAUAAAAACAAUAACCUCGUGGUGUGGAACCUGUAUCUGAGGCAAACCAGAUGUAUUCCGGUCAGAUACAAAACUAACUUGUUUAUCUUAGACAAUAUCGGCAAGUUUUCUCUGGUGUUUUCGAGAAAAAAAAAUUUUGAAAACAAAAAAAUCGGAAUACUUCCACAGAAGUUGUCUCAAAGAAAACACACAUAAAGUCAAUUGCAAAACUAACAUUUGCAUUGACCAGAAAACUUUCGUGUAAGUCUUCUACAUCCACAAGACUUAACGUAAGUCUUCUAAUAGACAGAUCUGGUGAGAUAAUUUCCUUAGCACACAUAAGUCUUCUCCAAGCACCCAGAACCUCAAACAAAAGCGACCCACCAAGAAUUGUGAGCUUGAAUGGCUCUAUGAACCUUAAAAAAAAUUAGAAUCAAAAUCUUGGGUUUUCUGGAUGAAUAUCAAAAAAAAGUGAAAGAGAUGUUGCUUUUAGUUCAUAAGAAAUAAGAUAGAAGAGACUAAAUCGAUUUUUUAGGUGCAUUAAGAGUUUCAAAUUGGUUAUUCAUGGUGGUUGGUGUAUUUAUGACAAUGCUAUUAUUGUAAAUACUUGAUGAAGGUGAGGAUGAUAGAGUAAAAUACUCAUUUUCGAAAAAUAAUGUAAUGACAUUUUGGUGAAUAAUAUGAAUUUUUAGGGUGAAUAGAACAAGUCAAAGUUCCAAAAAAAACCAUGGAUUAGUUUUGAGUCAUAUUUGUAAAGAAAGUCCAAUAUUUUUUUAGAUAUUUUUAGUUUAAUUGUAAUCAUAAAAUAUUUUUAGUCAACUAAAGAUUAUACAAAAUGAAUAAAACAUAUUAAUAUGCUAAUUAUAAAUUGUUUUAUUUAACUAAGAUAUUUGGUUUACAUUAUCUAAAUUAGUUUCUGUAAUUAUUUACAAAAAAUAUAUAGAUACAAUUAAAAUAUUUUUAUUACUUUGAAAAUAUAUUUUAUGUUGCUUAGGCAUAUGUUUAAAAAGAAAUAUUAUAUUUCUUAAUGUCAAGAUUAUUUAUGUUAAAUUUCCUAUUUUGUGGAAUCACAUUAUAUAUAAAUAUAUUGUUUUUAAAAAUUCCUUUUUAAUAUUUUGGAUGUUUCCUUUUUACUAUAUAUGUUAUUGAAAAAUACAAAUAAAAAAGGAAACUUCUAAUUAACAUAGUAAUUAAAUAAAAUAUUUUUAAUUCAUUAAAAAUACUUUUGUAAUUAACCAUCCUAAAAAUUAACAUAAUCACCGCAAGUAGGAAACUGACUUUUCAAAUAAUAUUAUAGAUCCAUCAACUAAAUUUUGUUAAUUGACAUGUUUUAACUCGGAAUAGACUAUAUUGAUUGGUUUUAAAUCAUUUUUUUUUCUUCUAACGUUUUCCCUAGAUUUAAUAACAUAACUUCUCCAUUAUAAUUUUCUGCAAUUUAAAAAAUUAAAUAAUAGACUUACUAAAGAGAUGUAAGGAAAAAAAAACAAAGGUAGUAAAGAGAAGAAGCCCUAACUUUAUUAUAAUCUAUACGAAAAAAGAAGAGAGGGCAUGUUUUCCCUUGGAAAGUUUUUUUUUUAAUAGAAAGUGAAACACCCUGUUGGCAACUUUGAAGAAUGACGACAAUGUCAAAUCUUCCAGAGGAAUUGGUAAGGGAGAUACUCUCUAGAGUUCCAUUGACAUCUCUGAGAAAACUGCGAUGUACUUGUAGAACAUGGAACGCUUUAUCCAAAACUCAGGUUUUUGGUAAAGAAACAGCAAGGAAUCAGUUUCUAGGGUUCACGGUGAUUAAUGGUAGGGUUUGUUCCUUGAGACUUGAUUUCCAAGGAAUCCAUAACAAAGGAGACUUGGUUCAUAAAUCUACAAAGAAAAUAAGUAAACUUGAUCAUACCAAAAUCGAGGAAGUUUUUCACAGUGAUGGCUUAUUGUUAUGCGUCCGAAACAGAAGUAACUUCGUGGUGUGGAACCCAUAUCUGGGGCAAACCAGAUGUAUUCCACCCGCCAGUCGGGAUUUCAGAUUUUAUGACAUGUUUUGUUUCGGAUACGACAAGAACAACCGUAACCACAAAAUCUUAAGGUUUUGCUACGAUAAUGAUGAAUCCCUUUUCUGUUUCGAAUUGUUCGAUUUUAAGACUAGUUCUUGGAGGCUUCUUGAUAUCGAACCAGACGUUGAUCUAGAUGUUUACCGAAGUGGGGUGUCUUUGAAGGGAAACACUUACUUUGUUGCUCAAACUAACAGACCAGGGGUUAUAGACGUUUUACUCUGUUUCGAUUUUACAACAGAGAGGUUUUGGCGGCCUCUGCCGUUUCACUAUGAUGCUGUUGAACACGUGGUUCUGUCUUGUGUUAGAGAAGAGAAGCUCGCUGUGUUAUAUCAAAUAGAGAAUACAAUGGAGAUUUGGAUUACAACUAAGAUUGAGUACGAUGAUGUAUCCUGGAGCAAAUUUUUGGAAGUGGAGAUGACACCGCUCAAUGGUUUUGAUUAUGACUUUGAUACUGAAACUGAGAGCUUCUUCAUCGACGAGGACAAGAAAUUCGCGGUUGUUGGUGGUGAAUGCGAAAAUAAACCAAUCUGUAGGUAUCAAACCGCUCACAUCAUUGGACAAGAUGGAUACCUGAAAUCUGUACGUACCGCAGAAUGUCCAAAACCACUUGUGUUCUCUUCUUAUCUUCCAAGUUUAGUGCAACUAGAAAUCAACCAACGGAGCAAGAGGAAACCCAAAGAUUGCUUUUAUCAAAAGAAACGAAAGAAACUGAGAGCUUCUUCAUUGACGAGGAGAAGGAAGUCGCUGUGGUUUAUAUUGUAUUCGAAGAGAUAA